CCGCCGCCGCUCGCUCAGCUCCUGCGGCGGAGAGCGGGAGAAAGUCCUGCUGGUGGGCGGCGCGGGGUUGCGCGCGUCCGGCAUCCCGGGGCCGCUCCGGCCCGGGCGGCGAGGGUGCCCUGCCGUCCAUGCCUCCGCCGCCGCUAGCUGCCGGCGUCGCCAUGGAUUUCGGUCAGAACAGCCUUUUCGGCUACAUGGAGGACCUGCAGGAGCUCACCAUCAUCGAGAGGCCGGUCCGCCGGAGCCUCAAGACACCAGAAGAGAUAGAGAGAUUGACGGUUGAUGAAGACCUCAGUGAUGUUGAGAGGGCUGUUUAUCUGCUCAGUGCUGGUCAGGAUAUCCAAGGAACAAGUGUGAUUGCAAAUCUUCCAUUUUUGAUGCGACAGAAUCCUACUGAGACGCUUCGAAGAGUUUUGCCAAAAGUCAGAGAAGUCCUGCACGUUGCGGGAGUGGAAAUGCAGUUGACGGCCGCGGCGUCGCUUCUGAGCAUUCUGCAGGAAGAGUCGGUGUCGGUGCACACGUAUGCGCACGCCUUCCUCCAGGUCAUUCUCGCGCACCUGGAGCACAGGGACGCAGGUGUCAGCAGUGCAUGGCUGGAAACGCUUCUGUCUGUGAUCGAGGUGUUGCCAAAAGAAACCCUGAGGCAUGAGAUUUUGAAUCCUCUUGUUUCCAAGGCACAACUGUCCCAAACAGUCCAGUCUCGUUUAAUUAGUUGUAAAAUUUUAGGAAAAUUGACCAACAAAUUUGAUGCCCACACCAUCAAAAGGGAAAUACUUCCUCUGGUAAAAUCACUCUGUCAAGAUGUAGACUAUGAAGUUCGAUCUUGUAUGUGUCGGCAAUUAGAAAACAUAGCUCAGGGCAUUGGUUGGCAUUACAACUUGAAGGCAAAGUCUGCCCCUUCAUCUGUUUUUGUAGAAAACGAUGACAGAAGUCAAACUAUACUUCCCCUAGUGAAAUCAUUUUGUGAAAAAUCUUUUAAAGCAGAUGAAUCAAUUCUUAUUUCUUUAUCUUUUCAUUUAGGAAAACUAUGCCAUGGACUAUAUGGAAUAUUUACUCCAGAUCAACACUUGAGAUUUUUGGAGUUUUAUAAGAAACUUUGUACAUUGGGUUUGCAGCAAGAAAACGGCCACAAUGAUAGCCAGAUUCCUCCCCAAAUCUUGGAGCAGGAGAAGAAGUAUGCUUCAGUGCGGAAGAACUGUGCCUAUAACUUCCCGGCCAUGAUUGUUUUUGUUGAUCCUAAGAACUUCCAUAUGGAGCUCUAUUCUACAUUCUUCUGCCUUUGUCAUGACCCUGAAGUACCCGUCAGAUACACUAUUGCUAUUUGCUUUUAUGAAGUGUCUAAACUUCUGAAUUCUGGAGUGUAUUUAAUACAUAAAGAACUGAUAACAUUGUUACAAGAUGAAUCGCUAGAGGUACUAGAUGCCCUUAUAGAUCAUCUUCCAGAGAUCUUGGAGCUUAUGUCAACUGGUAGUAGUGAAAGCAGUGUUCCAGAAAAUAAGCUGUCCUCUCUGCCUGACUUGAUCCCCGCACUCACGGCUGCUGAGCAACGAGCCGCAGCCUCUCUGAAGUGGAGAACCCAUGAGAAGCUGCUGCAGAAGUAUGCGUGUCUGCCACAUGUCAUAUCAAGUGAUCAGAUUUAUUACCGUUUCUUACAAAGAAUGUUCACAAUCAUGAUGACAAAUAAUGUCUUACCUGUCCAAAAAGCAGCUUCACGAACUCUGUGCAUUUUUCUACGAUACAAUCGUAAACAGGAGCAGAGACACGAGGUCAUUCAGAAAUUGAUUGAACAAUUGGGCCAAGGAAAAAGUUACUGGAAUAGACUUCGAUUUUUGGACACCUGUGAAUUUAUCAUAGAGAUCUUUUCCAAAUCAUUUUUCUGUAAAUAUUUCUUUUUACCUGCUAUUGAACUGACGCAUGAUCCGGUAGCAAAUGUGAGGUAUGUUGCCACUCUAAGCGAAUAUUUGAAAACUGUGUUUCUCAUACAUCUCCUGCCUGAACUACAUAGUGAGACCUGUCUGAAGAAAGCAAAAACAAAACAAAAAAACAAACCUAAAAACGGUAUUUUUGAAAAGACUGUGUUGGAAUUGGACAGAAUGGAAAUGUCUAUGGAUGCUUUUCAGAAAAAGUUUUAUGAAAAAGAUUUGUUGGAUCAAGAGAAAGAAAGAGAAGAACUGCUUUUUCUAGAAAUGGAGCAAUUGGAGAAGGAGAAGCAACAGAACGAUGGAAGGCCCCCAAGUGAUAAGGUCUUUGAGAAGAAACGCAGAGAUACAAAGACACCGACACAGAGUCUGCCCAAGAGCGUCCCCAUUUCUGUUCCUGGAGCCUCUUCUAGCAACCCAUCAACAAGCAAAGAAAUCAAGAAGUCCAAAUUGAUUCGAAGCCAAUCUUUUAAUAAUCAAGCUUUUCAUGCAAAAUAUGGCAACUUAGAGAAAUGUGCCAGUAAAACAACGGCAGGAUACACACCUUCUCUCUCAGGGUUAACGAAGAAUUCUGUGAUUUCACUAACUGAUGACUCAUUCCGGACUCGCAGUGCCAGCAGCGCUCCAGCCUCCUUUUCUCCCAGUCCCCUCCUACCUGGUACCUCCCGUGGGACAGUUAACACAGCCGACCCAAAGAACAGUGGAAGUAAAGACGCACAGCCCCGGAAGGCCACCUUAAAAUCCAGAAAAUCCAACCCUUAAAUCAACUGCUGUUGAAGGAGACCAAAGCAAAGACCUGGGGACAACGAUUGAUGGACAAACGCUAAAGCCAUGGCUGGGGCUUCUUUCUUUUACUUUACUUUUCUUUCUUUCUUUUUUUUUUAAGUUUUGUUUGUUUUAAUGAAUGGAAAAAGACAUAAUGACAACUUAUGUUAAACUUAACCAUAUUUGAAAUUAAAUUCCCUAAGAGGUAUAGUAUGUAUUUCUUACAUAAUAAUGUGGUUACAGAAUUCCAGUGUUACAGUGCAUUGUAAUGGAAAGCAACUUCAGAUGUAUGCUUUAACUACAACUGCAAAACAGACAAGCUCACUUUUACUUCUGCAGGAAGCCAGCGGUUUCAUUGUGUUAGAGUUUUCAUGUUUAGCAAUUGUGUGACGGUUCAAAAUGGCCAAAAUUGCCUUUACUCCGUAACCACAGGAACAGCGACUUGGGAGGUGAAGAAGAGCCAUAUAGCUCUCCACACCCAGCUGAAAAGUCCAACUGAACACUUUCUGCAGCUUUAUAAGGCCUGUGAAGGGACAAUGUCUUACAUGGACAUCCCCAAAUUUAGAUUUGGCAAUUAAAAUUGCACAAAAAUUUCUGAUAACUUCAAGCUACAAAUACCUUAAAAAUAAUAGAUUGAUGAUUUCCUUUAUUUCCUAGAAGAAUUUCUUUUAUAAAUACUUUGUUUACAUUUUAGAAUGUAUUUGUCUAUAUUUAAUUUAAAAUGAUGAAUCUAGUUUGAAUCAGCUGUUACUCCAAGCUAUCAUGCUUCAGCUGUGUCAACAGCAUUUAUUUGUACUAAUGCUAAUACUUCCAUCAAAAUUUGCCUGUGGAACAUAUACAGUUCUUAAUUUUAAAGAUGUCAGUUCUUAAUAUAUACUGUAUGAAGCUAUUGUCAGCUUCUCUAUUUCAAGAUGCAAUCAACAUAUAACUAUAUUGAUAUUAGAAAAUACUUGCUUUUUUAAUAUAUUGAUGUAUGAUAAAGAUCUAAUUUGUGAAUGCAUAUGCGUGUGUGGUUACUUUUUAUAAUGUGAA